CUCUUUCGCUCUCUCUCUCUAUCUCUCUCUCUGCAGGAGCUCUGCAACAUCGCUUCGCCAUUGAAGAACCUCGGAACGAGAAAUCUGGUCUCUCUUCGGCCUCUCUCAUCGCUCGCACGAUUCCUUCCUUCCCUCUCUCGCACCGCCUCACGCCUCGACCGCUCUCGAUCAUGGCUCCGCGCGUUCGCUCGUCCCCCGUGCCUUGAUGCGCGAACCAGUCCUCGCUCUUCUGAUCACUCCCGCCGCGAAAACCCUAGAUUCGCCCCUCCUCCUCGCCCUGCCAUGGCGAACGUGUCCGUCGCGGCGGAGUGGCUGCUCCUCUACAACCGCUACUACCGCAAGCCCGAGCUGUACCCGAUGCGGUGGAGGCACAUCGACCUCGGCCGCAACAAGGUCGCCUGCGCCCCCUUCGGCGGCCCCAUCGCCGUCAUCCGGGACGACUCGAAGAUCGUCCAGCUGUACGCCGAGUCCGCGCUCCGGAAGCUCCGGGUUUUCAACUCCGCGGGCGUCCUGAUCGCGGAGACCGUGUGGAAGCACCCCGGGGGGCGGCUGAUCGGCAUGUCGUGGGCCGACGACCAGACGCUCAUCUGCCUCGUGCAGGACGGCACGGCUUUCAGGUACAACAUCCACGCCGAGCUUCUGGAGCCCAGCAUUUCCAUGGGGAAGGAGUGUUUCGAGCAGAACGUUGUUGAUUGCGUGUUUUGGGGCAAUGGAUUGGUGUGUAUCACCGAGGCGAAUCAGUUGUUCUGCGUGUCGGAUCUUAAGAACCCUCAGCCGUAUAAGCUGUCGGAUCCUGGGCUUGAGGAUUCGCCGCUAUGCGUGGCCGUGAUCGAGCCGCAGUAUGUGAUGUCGGGGAAUGUGGAGGUUUUGAUGGGGGUUCCAGAGGGCGGGUUGGUGGUGGUGGAGGAGGACUCGGUGCAGAGAGUGGAGCAGGUGGGAGGGGAAGUGCUGGGGCCGUUGCAGAAGAUGGCGGUGUCUGGGGAUGGGAAGUGGUUGGCGGCCUUUACGCAUGACGGGCAGCUUUUGGUUAUGCCCACAGAUUUCUCAGAGAUCAAGUUUUCUUGCAAUUGCGAGUCAGCUCUGCCUCCUGAGCAGAUGGCCUGGUGUGGAAUGGACAGUAUUGUACUUUAUUGGGAUGACAUGCUCUUGAUGGUUGGUCCUAUUGGAGAACCAGUGCGCUAUCUAUAUGAUGAGCCGGUUGUACUUAUUCCCGAGUGUGAUGGGGUGAGGAUACUCUCGAACACUAGUAUGGAAUUUCUACAACGUGUUCCUGAUUCCACUGUGUCUAUCUUCAAAAUUGGAAGCACGUCAGCGGCAGCUUUACUAUAUGAUGCCUUGGAUCACUUUGAUAGGCGAAGCGCUAAGGCAGAUGAAAAUUUACGGUUAAUUCGGUCAUCCUUGCCCGAGGCUGUUGAAGCAUGCAUAGAUGCCGCAGGACAUGAGUUUGAUGUGCCACGUCAACGAACACUACUGAGAGCUGCAAGCUACGGCCAAGCCUUUUGCAGUCAUUUUCAACGUGAUCGUAUUCAAGAGAUGUGUAAAACUCUGCGAGUUUUGAAUGCUGUGCGUAACCCUGACGUUGGAAUACCUCUUAGCAUUAAGCAAUAUAAGUUGCUCACAUCAUCAGUUCUGGUUGGUCGGUUGAUUAAUGCUCACCAACACCUCCUCGCCCUUCGCAUUUCAGAGUACCUGGGAAUGAACCAGGAGGUGGUGAUAAUGCAUUGGGCAUGCUCGAAAAUUACAGCGUCUUUGGCAAUUCCAGAUGCAGCACUUCUUGAAAUGUUACUUGACAAGCUGCAAUUAUGCAAAGGCAUAUCAUAUGCAGCAGUCGCUGCUCAUGCAGAUAAGAAUGGCCGACGAAAGUUAGCUGCCAUGCUCAUUGAACACGAACCCCGUCCAUCCAAACAGGUUCCUCUUCUGUUGAGCAUAGGGGAAGAAGAUACAGCUCUGAUGAAGGCAACUGAAAGCGGUGAUACUGACCUUGUUUAUCUUGUCCUCUUCCACAUCUGGCAGAAGAGGCCAGCUUUAGAAUUUUUUGGGAUGAUUCAGGCCAAACCUCUUGCGCGAGAUUUGUUCACUACAUAUUCAAGAUGUUACCAGCAUGAAUUUCUGAAGGAUUUCUUUCUGUCAACUGGACAACUUCAAGAGGUGGCUUUCCUUUUGUGGAAAGAAUCAUGGGAACUUGGCAAAAAUCCAAUGGCAAGUAAAGGAUCUCCUCUCCAUGGACCCCGCAUAAAACUUAUUGAGAAGGCUCAUGGUCUUUUUGCGGAAACUAAAGAACAUAACUUUGAGUCAAAGGCUGCUGAGGAACAUGCCAAAUUGCUAAGAAUACAACAUGAGUUAGAAGUCACUACUAAGCAGCCGAUCUUUGUCGACUCAAGCAUCAGUGAUACAAUACGUACCUGUAUUGUUUUGGGAAAUCAUAGAGCUGCAAUGAAAGUGAGAACUGAAUUUAAGGUAUCUGAAAAGAGAUGGUACUGGCUGAAAGUUUUUGCACUGGCUACCAUAAGAGAUUGGGAUGCGCUCGAGAAGUUUUCAAAGGAGAAGCGACCACCGAUUGGCUAUCGACCAUUUGUGGAGGCUUGUGUUGAUGCUGAUGAGAAGGGUGAGGCCCUCAAGUAUAUCCCAAAACUAGCAGAUCCUCGGGAAAGAGCUGAGGCUUAUGCUCGAAUUGGCAUGGCCAAAGAAGCUGCUGAUGCUGCCUCUCAGGCCAAAGAUGGCGAAUUGUUGGGUCGACUGAAAUUAACGUUUUCACAAAAUGCAGCAGCUUCAUCAAUUUUUGAUACUCUUCGAGAUAGAUUGGGAGUUUCUUAAUCCCAUGGCCACUCCCUUCUGGGCUUUAUGACUUCAUCCGGGGAUAUAUGUGCAUAUUCAAGUUGCUCUUCUUUCAUUGGUGUUGAAUAGUGUGGCAAGGAAAGAUGUCCAUUCGCCUUCGGCAUUUAUGCAUCCUUUUGCAUUCCUUGAUCAAGUGUGGUUCAAGAUCCGCGUGAUGCAUUCUCUCUGCUCAUCGCAUCAUCUCUGAUUUUGGUGCUUUUUCAUCCUCCUACAACAAGUCUUGAGUAUUUUUUGUAUUAUAAUUUAUCUUGUUUGCCUCGUUUUAUUUAGUUUUCAGGAGAUUGUAAUUAUAAGUGUUCCUUUUUAUUAGAGCACGUUGCUUGUAAACUAUCAUCUCCAAUUUGUGAAGAGAAUGUGAGCGUAAGGUGAGCGUCUGUGUCUCUCUUGAGCAUCUA